CAGAAAUAUAACUUAGUGUUAUAUGGUAUUUAACAAAUAUAAACUUUUAUUAACAGUAGUAUAUCUCUUUGAAAUGACAAGUUCAUUUCAUAAGGUCUUACAGUUGUGUGAAAAGCAGUGUUUUGUUUGGCCUGUUCUGGGUAACAAGGAUUCCACCAAUUUUAUUGAGUAUUUCAAGUUUGGAUUUGCUGGUGAACUCCUGAAGAACAACAUUUUCCAAGAAUGGCUUCUAAGCAUGGUUGUAAACACAGAUGAAAACAUAUUUCCAUAUCACUCCCAUGGUCUUACAGCAACAAAUAUUAUCAAAGAUUUGAGUGAACCUUUUUUGUAUGUGAAGAAGCUUAGCAAUUCACAGUUGCCAUUUGGAAUUGCUGAGGCAAAACAAGAAAUCAGAGGCUCUGCAAAUGGCACAGGCCAGGAGGAGACAAGAUACUUCCAGCCUCUGCAGCACACAGUGCUUUGGUCAUGCAUAUUUGCUCGGCCAGGGAAUGCCAUGCAACGUUUUUACCAGUGGCAGCAUCAGAGAAAAAUAUGGUGGAGAAAGUUCUCGGCAUCUCCAGGAAGAUUUCUGCUUACUGAUAUCCAGAGUGGACCUGAUGGUCAGGUGGUCGAGAUUAAGGCUGAGUUUCCAUGGGGAUCUGAAACAGUGGAGACAGUACGUUUCUUGGGAGCUAAAGUUUUUGAAAAUGUUGAAGGCAAAGAACGAGAAUUAUUUGAGGCAAGGGAUGGACGGAAGAAAGUGAUGCCCCAUGUUAUUGACAGCACUAUCAGUCUGGAGGGCAGUGUAUUAACAUUUGUUUGUGAUGCAUAUGAUGAGCCAUUAUUUCUGGGGGUGCCUCGCCAAAUGCUGAGGUUUCAUCGCAAGUUGGCUCCAUAUAAAGCAAGCUUUUCUGCUUCUUCCUCUACUGCAUCAGUAGGGGUAGAACUCAGUCAGUUAGCCCUAUACCUGACAAAACAGCUGAGGAGUGUCGGAAUUUCAACUCUCUUAUUACCAGAUAUAACCAAGAAGUCUUUGGAAUCACAAUUUUCCCGCAACGAUGAGCUGGGUAUUCCCUACACUGUUGUGCUCAGUGAUGCAUCUCUGAAGACUGGAAUUAUUGGUCUUCGAAGCAGAGACACUACACUCAAGGAACAAGUUCAUGUAACUGGCUUGAAAACGUACAUGGAGAAGCUGCUGAAGAAUUACUGACAUCGAAACAAGGCAGUAUUUACGCGUAGCAGAAUGGAAAAAUGGAAAUAUUUCAAUGAGAAUCGCAACACAUGUUUACUAUGAUAUCAUACAUUCUUCUUCCAUUGCAUACAUGACAUGUACUGCUUCAUAGAGAGCCUAUGACAAAUUUUUAUAAAAUACAGUGUGCCCCCAAGUUACA